UAUUUCGCGAGGCGAGGACUUUUCUGUGUUGGUUGUGUGAGUUUAUUUGCUAAAUAAUUUGUUUGUAGUUUGAUUUGAAUAUUUUUCACAAAUAGUUAUAAGAUCUUUUUGGGUAUUUUGUAUAUUGAUCGUUGUUGUAAAGCGGCUUUACCGCCUUGUGAUAAAUGCAUGUUAAUUUGUGAUCAACAACCUACUUUGGUCACUCAGUUUGUUCCUGACUACGCGGACCGAUCGCGGUUUUUAAAAGGUCCAACAACACAUAAAUCUUCGUCAUUCAUCACUGCCAACUAUUCCGCCCUUAAAGCGCCCUUAAUGUCGCAAUGCUAGACCAUAUCAAUUGUAUCUCGACUAAUACGAUAGUAGACUGGAAAUUUGGGUGGUGGUGGCGUACGUGACGUCAUCGGGAGAGGGGGGAUUGCGCUAUGAGCCAAUCCCAGGAUGAGGCCCGAGCGGCCAGGAUACAGAAGUACAAGGAAGAGAGAAGAAAACAACUUACAGCUAGAACAGCGACUCUAUUUUCUGCCAAUGUUACCGAAAGGCGCCCGAGAAAAGUCGGUGAUCGCUGUCAAUCUGACGACACAGCUGACCACCUCAAGUCUUCCUCAGAGCUUAAUCUAAACACUGCUUCAACUUCAGUGCCUAUUAGAACUACCCGUACGUCACGUCUCAGAGCCGCUGCCACAGUCAAUUCUGAUUCAUCGCCAUCUAAAAAGACUAAUAGAAGUUCUUCAGUCCAAUCUCUCACAGAUGAUGCCAAGCCAAAAUCAUCUAAAAUGUCAAGAAUCAUAGACAGAGAUAAACCAAGAAUUGGAAAUCGAAAACAGAGCUAUGAAAAAGAAAAUUUUAAACAUACUACGGAUAAGGAUACUGGUGCUAUUAAAACGAAACCUAAACAUUCCACUAACAAAACUAUUUUAGAAAAAGACAGAAGUAAUUUAAUAGUUAGUAGUCCUAAAGGAAAAAGCAAUUACAAGCUGGAGGAAAGGAAAACUAGAAAUUCUUCAGAAGAACAGAAGAAAGUACAUAGCUUGAAAAUUGAAGAUAAAAGCAAAAAAACUCUACAUAUAGACGAAGAACAGAUUUUUAACGACAUUUUAGACGAUAAAGGUUUUUCAGAUAGUUUGGAGAAGGAAAAAAUAGAAGAUUUGUUUAAUGAUCUUGUUGUUGAAAAUAAAAAUGCUUUCGACGAUAAAAUCGAGCUCAAAACAUACAUUCCUAUCAGUCAAGAAGAUAAUGCUGUGAACAAAGUAGUUACUAUUGCUAAGUUAGAAGAUAGUGGUGUAGUGCCAAAAGUAGUGAAAGAUGAAGAAGUGGGGGGGUUGUUGGGUGCAGUGUGUGUUCGGAAAGUAGAAAGAUUCAGUGAGCUUCUUAGCAAUCUAUGUUCUCCACGCGAAGCUGACAUUUUGUUCCAAGACGUCUUAGCCGAUAACGGGAUUGACAAUAAUUUGCGGUCGUCGAUUCCGGAAUGCACCGCGCCAUGUCGCCGUGCACAGCCCUCGCCGCGCACCACGAGCACGCCGAAGCGACCCACACCAACCACCAACGAUGCCUCUGGAACAGUUAACAAAACGAGAAAUCGUCGAUCCCUAGAAUCACCACAAUCCAAGACUGAUAACUCACUGCCGUCUUCCAGAGUAUCUCCUAAAAGCACAUUUAACUUAUCAUUUGGUAUUAAGUCAUCCCUACUAAAAUCUCCACCUUCUAACGCAACCACUUCUAAAUUGAAUGAAAGACGUCGAAGUUCCGAUUCUAACUCUAAACCUAGUUGUAUCCCACUCUCUAAAAAGACCUCGGAUAAAUCAAGUCGCACAUCUGCAUCUCCCAAUAAAUAUGAAUCUGUAAAAGAAACUAAAUCUAAACUGGAAUCACCUCGAGGUAAGACGGUUAAAAAAAGUCCAGAGAAGGCAAAGAGUGACUCUGAAAGUAGUCGUAACGAUAGAAGACAUCGAGCUCAAAAGGAUAGUGAAAGUCUUAGUGAAAAAUAUCAUUAUUCAAAGAAAAGACUGACUAGUUUAGAAAAUAAUUCACCAAGAGACAAAAAUAAUGCUAAAGAGAAAUUAUCAAAUAAUGUUCUGAAAGAUAAAAUUUUUCCAAUUAUACUUGAUACAAAAUCUGGACAAGAAGAUUUAAAAGACUCCGCAAAAAUGUCAAUACUACAUGAAACUGUCAGGACUCAUUCGAGUAACUCUAGACUUUCCCAGGAGAUGGAUAGCCUAGCUGCAUUGACUAAACAAACUUUAGAUAGGGUUAAUAAAUUGUCAAAUAACUUAACUAGUAAUAAGUUACAUUUAGACACACCUGAGCCAAGUUUCGAUUCUUUAUUUGCAUCGAAAUCUGAACAAAAUUAUACUUAUAACUAUGGUGCGACGACUGAAAGACCUGUUCAGAAUAGAGGAGUCUCCGAGAGAUUGCAGGAUAUAGACCGGGCAGCUCAGAGACUGAUCGACUUUGAAAAGCAAAGUGCAAUGUUUUCUGAUCUCAAUAAUGAUACGUCUAGUCAAAAUCGCCGUCUCGAUACUUCGUCGACGUCUUGUAGUCAUACCCCUGUGUCUAUUUUAAAAAGAAAAUCUAUCCAUGAUGAAAGCACUUUAUCAACAUCUAAUCACGCUAUUGCUUCACCCCCGGUCACAUUCUCACCUAGUGUUAUUGAACCCCGUAGUUGUCGCUCUGACAGACAGCGCCAAGGUAUACUGAAGAAACGUUGUAGUUUAGACGAGUCACAAGUUGCUAGAAGACGAUCUUGUAGCCCAGAAGUGUCAUUCGCUGAUGAUGGUUCCCUGGAUAUGAAUAAACCUAUUCUGAAAAAUAGAAGAUCCUCUUUGGAGGAUGUUGUAAGGAACAGAUCACCCGAUGGUCAAAUUCAAGGUAUUCUAAAAAGAAAAAUGAGUAGGGAGGAAGAAUAUGUCCAAGAAGAUGUUUCUCAUGGCUCUCCUGAACCGCAUGGAAUAUUGAAACGCAAGUCAAAUUCCAGCUCAAGUAGUAGUACAACAUCAUCUCACGUAUCUAUCGCUCAAGCUGUUUUAUUAGCAGCCGCUGGCGGCGCUGAAAUUGUAGAGGAUGAUAAAGAAAUUGUAAGACCAAUUUUAAAGAAAAAAAGCUUUUCCGAAGAAAGACCAUGUCCGGAUAUUGUCCUAUCAGAUACUCCAAAACCGAUUUUGAAAAAGAAAUCUACUGAGCAUGAAGAAUAUGACUACGAUCUUCCAAAAAAACCGAUAUUAAAAUCAUCAAAAAAAUUGUCCGGCGAUGAAGGACAAGCUUCUAGUUUCGAUUUGAGCGAAGACGACCGAAGCUCCCGAAGACCUUCACUACUUAGAUCGCGAACAUCAGACCAUUCUGGAUCAGAGUGCGAUGCGACUGUUAAGCCCAUUUUAAAGCAAAGAGGUUCAAGUCUCACUAGGGAACGUAGCCAAUCGCCGCGCCCACGACUCUCAUUUUGCGCGGACAACGAUUCGAACAUUAGUGUGACGAAUUUCAGUUGCGACGCGAACGACUUGUCGGCGGCUGGUCCGCGGCGAGUUCUGAAUCUCGCGUCCAACCCAGAAGAAAGUUACCCAAGUGCAGUCAUCCGAAGAAGGAAUCUCCGACCGAAAACGAACCCUCGAUCAAAAAGUUUAGUUGGUGAUGUAAACGACGAAUUACUCUCUAUUCUAAAUUCGAGAAGAUUGAAAGUGGAAGAAAAUUGUGAAAACGGACAUUGCGAACCGGAGGAGCUGAAUAGUCUCCAAGAAAAUAGCGACGGAGCACCCAAAUCGUUUCCGUCUAUUGCCGCACGGAUAAAGAGCAUGGAACAAGCUGUCACUGAAGUGAAACCUAAAGAGCACCCUUCAUCAUCUAGAUACAAGUCUCGUGAUAAGGAGCGCUUCAAAACACAACCUAUCACCAUUGAUGAAAUGCGCUCGGCUACUACAUCAUCCAGUUUGGAGCCGGGCCAACAGAGUUUCCAAGCGUUUGGCCCCGCUGGCUGUAGUUUUCCGAGACGCCCCGACGAGUCCGGUGUUGUUCCCACGUUCGAGGGUUACGCGGGGGAAACAGAAAAAGACCCCUUCGCAGACCUCGUCAACACGUUGGAUUCGCCGCCGUUCGGCGUGAAUGCUUUCCUGAAGUCUCCGCUCGUCAACGGCUCUCCUGACGACGAAGAAGUCAAGGACGACAGUUACGGCGAGGCCACUUUUCUAGACUUUGAAAACAUAAGUCCCAAUGAAGAGAUAAAACAGUCUACAUUGGACGAAAUAGAGCAAGAAGUUAAUAAAGUGCGCGUCGCGCUCGAUGAAGACUGCCGUGCUUUAGAAGAAGACGAGAGACAGCAUGCAGAAGCUGACAAUUGGAGCUUGAAUGUGUCUUGUGAUAGUGGAGUGUACAACCGGGCUUCAUCCAGGGAUUCCGGCCCUCAUUCCGGUGAGGAGUUAGGCCUGAUAGAGAGUCAGGAGAUACGCGAGAACCACGCAUCAAACAGCAGCAGCAACGAGUGGUCUACAACGUCUAUCGAAAGAGGUCUCAUCAACAUGGAGCGACAGAGGAAGUCCACUGAGACCGAGGCUAUGAGGAGCCCCGAGGACGGGAGUGAUGAUGAGCCGAAUGCUGAGACGUUUGCGCUGGGCUUGGUGAAGAGUAACAGCGUUGUCGCUAGGGCCAGCAUGUGGCAAGCUUUGCAACAGCAGGCUAAAGGCACGCCGAAGCCGCUGCUUCGGCACAGUCGCUCCAAAAACAAGGACGGGCCUAACAUAGCCGACCGUUUCAAGACACAGCCCAUUGCUUUCAAUCCUGUAAAUCCUGAAAACACUGCUCCCAGCGAAUCUUCCUCCGAAGGCUUCGUUCUCACCACUUCUAAAAGCAGUGGCAACGUGUUAGACAGAGACGAAGAUGCUAAGUUAGACGAGGACGACCCGGCGAAGCUGUCUUUGAUGGAGAAAAUGAAGAUGUUCAACUCGAAGUUGACACACAAACCUCCCAUGGCCGGGUUCCCUCGCCCGAAGGAAGAAAAAGUACCGAGAACCUCACGGCUUCGUACUAUGCCUGUAUUAGCCAGCCAAGUUCAGGAGGCGAUGGAACAGAAUGAAAGGCUCACUAAAUCGUUGACUCACGAAGAAGUCCCGCGCAAUCCAGACUUCCAGCUGAAAAUGGAACUGUUCCGUUCUGCGAGCGCCAAGAAUACAUCUCUAGAGUAUCUCAUGCGGCAGAAUGCAAAGUUUAGGAGCUUAGACCUGGACUCGCCGCCCGCGCGCGCCCAGCGCAUGAUCACGCCCGAAGUGAGGGGCAUUCUCAAGUCCGGCUCCACUGUUGUGCCCGCUAAGAAUAAGGCCUUGGCAAAGGGCGAGAGUUCUGAGGGUCUAAAAGAUGAAGGCAUCGACAGCUCAUCGGACGACGAAACCGCAUCAGCGUCCAGCGUUUCCUCAUCAGAGAAAAGUUGUUCUUCCUCAGACAGCUCCGACGACAUCCCCGGACCCAAACCGCGGAGGUUCCAACGGAAAAACAACAAACUAAAAUCCGGACUAAAAACAGAUUCAGACUUGACUAAACUACAGGACUAUCCAAGGAAGAUCCAGCUACCAGGAGCGAAUGAAUUAAAAGAACGCAUCAAUCAAGUCAAAAACCCUGAAAUUAAACCGUUAUUAGGCAAAUUAGGUAGGAAGCCGUCUGAAGAAAAGAAAGAAGAUGACAGUUCAAGAUACAGAAGAUUUGUGAAGAAGUUAGAUGAGCCUAUUCAGUUGGGGAAGUUGAGGAGGCCAGCGGAGAAAGUGCAGCAAGUUGAGGAGAAACCGCCGCAAGUUUUGAAGAUAUCUGCGUUAAAUCAGGCGGCGAAGAAUAAGUUCUUCGGUCUGGAGCCGAAGAAGGAGAAGAAUAUUGAGGAGUUGACGGCCGCUGUGAGGAGAUACAUUCCACCUGUCAGCAAAUCAAUGUCGAGUCACACGAUGGAGCUGCCCUCGGGCUCCGACGGCGAGAGCUCCGGCGGCCGCGAGGUGCGCCAGAUCAACACCCGGGUGCGACACAGGUUGGGCGGCGGUGUCCAACGAAGCGCUACGCAUGCAGAGAUGCCGCAUCGAGGGGGCACCAUUGCCGAAAGGUUGGCAGCCCUCCAGGCAGCCGGCGCGAACGACUGGCGAGCGAGGGUGUGCCGCCUCAGCCCCGACAGAGAGGACUCCAAGGCGAUAGAGAGGGCCAAGAACAAGAUCAACGAAUCUCUGAACACCGUUGUUGAUGAAAAGAAGAAGGCUCACAUUGAGGAGACUGAACUAGGGACUAACAUCUUAGCGGAUAGGCGGAACAAACUCGAAACUGCUGCACAGGGAUGGCGCAAACGCGUGCCCCAAAGCGACGCGUCGCUGUUCACAGUGGCCGGGCGACUCGAGCGCGACAAAGUGACGACGACGCCACCGCUUACGCCGCCGCCCGUCGUCACGCCGCCCGCGUCCGCCGUCGCGUCACCCGGUGUGCCACCUCCGAACAAAUUCAGAUCUCGCAAACAACCAUCGUCCCCUACCAACGGUUUCGCCUCGGGGCCGCUUCGCUCGGCGUCGUGUGCUGUCGUCAGCGCGGCCGCUGAAGCGAAGCCGAAAGACUCUCCAAGAAUAGACAGAGAAUCCUUCAAGAGGAGCCAUUCUGUCAGCGAGAGCAUCAGCAGGGUCGAUGAGAAAGAGGAAGCGUCCCCGGGCGCAGAGAACGGCGGUUGCCCCGUGAGUGUGCCCCGGGCCGACGACGAAACUUUCCACGCAUUCUUCGCGCCCUUACAGCAGUUGGACAAAACGGCUGAUGCUGGAGACGUUGACCUGGACGCUAUUGAUAGCGGCUCACGGCAGCUGCUAGCGAGCGAGUGGGCCCGACGGGCCAAGCGCGAGCGGCGGCAGGCGGGCUCCCGCAACCCGCUGCGCGCGCUGGCGGCGCGCACCGACCUCCGCCAGGAGUACCUCACGCAGCCUUCCGGCAUACGGGACCAGAUGCUCAAGGAAAAGGUGACAGCAAACUGCGGCCUGGCAGCUGAAGCGCUGGCAGCGCUGGCGACCAAAGAGGAUUUCUCCAAUGUCGCGCUGAGAAGCGCUGCAGCGACCAGUGCGCCUGCGCACGGGACCAAGCCCCUCAUGCUGCUGCAAGUCAAAGGGCGGCGGAGAGUGCAGACGCGAUUGGUGGAACCCAUCCACACGAGCGUGAACCGCGGCGACUGCUUCAUCCUCAUCACCCCCGACCAGCUGUUCCUGUAUAUGGGCUUCUACGCUAACGUCAUUGAGAGGAAUCGAAGCACAGAUAUCGUGAAUCACAUACAAAACACAAAAGAUCUCGGUUGCAAAAACGCAACGGGCGUGAUAAAAAUCGACGAACACGCCAAGAACUAUUCCAACAAACACUGGAACCAAUUUUGGUCCCUUCUCGGCCUUACCGAAGGCAUCGAGGACUAUAAACCAAUAGAAACAGGAAACGCAGACGAAGACGAAAUAUACGAAUCCUGUAUAAUACAAACUAACAUGUGCUAUGAAGUAAUGGACGAUGAAUUAGUACCUAUAAAAGAAUAUUGGGGACAGAUGCCAAAGAUUGCAAUGCUCAACCAAUCGAAAACUAUAGUCUUCGAUUUUGGAUCAGAGAUGUAUAUUUGGUACGGGAAAAAUGUCCCGCUUGAAAGUCGCCGCCGAGCCGCUCAACUCGCACAAGAACUCUUCGAUGAAGGCUACAAUUACGAAGAAUGCCAUAUUAACCCACUAAACGCAUCAAUCUAUCAAGGUGCAAGAGAAGAAGUCACUUCACCAAAUAAAUCAUCGAAAACGAGACCGGAAUGGGCUAUCCUAUCCAAAGUAACACAACACAUGGAAACCAUACUGUUCAAAGAAAAGUUCUUAGACUGGCCCGAUUACACGCGAGUGAUAAAAAUAAAACCGCAAGAGAACAAAACGAACAGUGUCGAAAUAACCCCCUGUGACGCGGAGGAAAUGUGGUCGAAUGAAUAUCAGGACCCGGAUCUCAUUUUAGAAGGGUCCCACAUCGGCCGCGGCACGCAUUACUACGACAAAGACGAAAUGAGACAUUACGAUAUCAAAACGAAAUCUGUUUGCAAAUGGGUCAUUCAAGAAUACGACUACCAGAAAGUUGAGAAUGACUCUGAAAUCGGGGAGUUUUUCUCUGGGGAUAGUUAUAUUAUAAGGUGGGAAUAUCAAAUUACUGUUACGGGUCGGGAAUUGAACGGGAAGCCCUCGAAACAUAAUAUAACUGGGCGCGAUCGUUGCGCGUAUUUCUGUUGGCAAGGCCGCGACGCCUCUUCUAAUGAAAAAGGAGCUGCUGCAUUGUUAACUGUAGAAUUAGACAGAGAAAAAGGUCCUCAAUUAAGAGUCGCUCAAGGCAACGAGCCUCCAGCAUUCCUUAACCUCUUCCAAGGGAAUUUGAUUAUCCAUCAAGGAAAGAAAGACACGGACAAAAGUCGAUUCAGAUUGUUCGUAACGCGCGGGAACCUAUCCAAUGAAGCAUAUUUACUCCAAGUGCCAUGUUCAGUUCGGCAGUUACGCAGCCGUGGCUCACUACUUCUAGUUGACACUGAAAAGGGUUGCUUGUACAUCUGGCACGGAGCCAGGAGCUUGAAACACACAAAGAACAUAGCGAUAGAACUGGCUAAUAAAUUGAUCGCAAGAAAUUCUGGAUAUUUGUUCGGGGGCAACGUUAGUGAUGUGAAGAUAACUGAAGUGAAAGAAGGGGAAGAGCCAAAGGAAGUUUUGGAUGCUUUGGGGGUCGCGAAUAAGCAGCACUAUAACUCUGUGCUGAGUGGGGGGCGGGAAUGUGGGGGGGAGGGCACGCCGCGGCUGUUCCAUUUCACGGAUUUGGGCGGACAGUUUGAAGCCAACGAGGUGCUGUCACCGCUCCGACACGAACACUUGGUGACGCCGUUCCCGUUCGACCAGAAAGAACUGUAUUCCGCUUCGCAGCCAGCUCUGUUCCUCGUGGACGAUGGACAGGCGGUGUGGCUGUGGCAGGGCUGGUGGCCGCGCGGGGAGGACGGGGAACUGGAACCCGCGGAGAGGAACACCGGAGUGGGCGCGUUCGCGGGCCGCUGGCAGACGCUGCGGCUGUGCGCGCUGCGCGCGGCGCACGCGUACGCGACGCGGCGCCGCGCGGACGUGCGCAGCGUCGCGGCCGGGCUCGAGCCGGACGCCUUCACCGCACUCUUCGACACCUGGGCGGAGCACGACGAAGCCGCGGAGGCCAACAUCGCGCACGGGUAUAAGGCGGGCGAAAUUCUGUCCGGGGCGUGCGAACUGUCGCGGCUGACCAGUUGUGAUGCGGUUCUGCCUUUAGCCGCCUUACAGAGGAGGCCUUUACCUGACCAUGUUGAUCCACACCAUUUGGAGAGGCACCUGUCUUCUCCUGAUUUUCUGGAGGCAUUCGGUAUGACCAAAGAAGAAUUCUCAGUGUUGCCCGCGUGGAAACAGACCAACUUGAAAAAAGACGUCGGUCUGUUUUGACCGCGCGGCCUCCGCUUUGCGCAGGGGUGAAUGACACCUUAGCCGAUCUAUCUGCGAGUUUUUAAUCUAUGUUAUUUGACGCCUCUUCGUUUGAAAAUUUAUUUAUUCUAUACAAUAAACUUGGUAUCUUUGUUUUUGUGAUGUUAAUUUGUAGAUGUUUUUGCGUCAUAUUUUUCACUUAAUGUAUUCAUUCAUAAUGUAGCUGAACAUAAUUAUCAAUUUUCAGAUUUGUGACGACAGUCAAGUUGCUUCGAUUAAAAACUCCAGUAUGGAAUAGAUUUUGUACAACCGCAUCGAUUUCGUACUUUUUUACCGAGAAAUGUUGAAGGAUUUGAUGUUAAUAUUAAAAGCACGCUUUAAAUUCAAUAGUGAAACAGUUUUGUACUAACGGAACGUAACUAUGUAUUCGCUCUCGUGAUAUUUUCUUGUAACCGCCGUUAAGUAAUGUAGUUUGAUAAUACGGAUUUGUAUGGAAUUGUAUUAUUAUUGUCGAUCUUUGCAUGGCCGACUUUUGUAGCGUUUGUAAAUAGUUGUUUUACCUAUUUAUUUUUAAAUGUCGUUCGUCUAUUUCCUAAAUUGAUUUAAUUUGUAGUAAUUUUAGAUUUUUUUUUAUAUGUAUAGUGAAGUUAGCCAGCAUGGAUAUGACAAAAUUGCAAUGAUAAUGUGGUGAUAUUUUUCGAUUUUAUUAUGUUGUAAUGUCGAUUGGUGUGCCGAGCUACUGUUUCUAACGUAUAACGUGUUCGGCGCAUCACACAGAACGGAUAUGUUUUGUAGGGCAAUGCAUCUGGUCAAAAGUACGUUAACUGUUAUAUACCGCUACAUAUACAAACACAUACUUCGAUUAUACUAUUAUACGCUUUAGGGUAGGCUAGAGAUCACUGAAGAUUGGAAUUGUACACAAAUUUAUAUACGCGUUUAGAGUACCAUCUAUUAAUUUCUGGUGUAAGUGUUGAAUCGAAUGCGUUCGAAAACGCAAUAAUUUUUAAAUAUUAUUUCGUUUUGUAACGGAAAAUGAAAAUUAAUAUUUAAAUUUGUUGCUUUUAGAAUUAUUGCUCAAAAUUUAUGCUGGAUAUUACCGUGUACUUACAAUUUUGUGUACGAUUCAAAACUUCAAAGACUUACUAUAUUUUAAUACAUCACAUAUCUACUCAUUGCUGUCUUUUAUACUGUGCGUUAGGUGGACCAUUUUUGAUAUAUAUAUCUUACUGUAUACUCAUCGGUUUUGGCUUCGCUUCGUAGAGGACUAAACGUAUUUGUACUGACAAUUUAUUGAUUUGACAUUUUGUUACUAAAAGUGCGCGGGGCAUUUUUUGACUGAUUAAACUUUGGUAUAGACUAUCGCUAUGUGUCGCCGCACUAAAUACCGCAGGAAGUUAUACAAAUAUUAAUAAUACUAUUAAAAAUCGUCGAUUUAUUUAAUCGGUUGUGGCUUGGUACUUAUAAGAACGGCAAGUUCAUUAUUACUGGAAAUUUUGGUGCAUGUCAACAUUGCUUAGAUGGCGCAUGACGUCAUAAUAAUCUAAAAACUGCUAAAGAGUCCGCCGCGGUCUAUAAAUUGGUGCUAUAGAAAUUAGCGACACAGCACUCGUCUACCAAGCUCAAUAAUGUGUACUUUAAUUUGGAGCGGUAAAUGUCGCACAUUUUCUGAAUUUGAAUUCCGAACUUUCUACCAACAAUUGCGGUUUUGAUGAAUUUAAAUCACUGUUCAUUUUGGAGUAGUACAUUUUAAAUCUUGCCUGAAUUCAAAUUCCUAAAAUGUUCGAUCGCGGCCGCUUGACGCUGUAACGUGUACAAUUUUAGAUGUUUAUUUUUUAUAACUAGCGUUAUUGCUCGUAACUGACUUUUAAAAUUGCCAGUAUUGUAAGCAGGUAACUGCCGAUUUAGAUGGAAAAUAAAGUCAAGUAUGUAACUAAAUCAUGAUUUAACUAUUGUCCUAAGAUGCAUUUACGAAACAGCACGUGCCUGGCGUGACAUAAACGUAUUUCUCAAAUCCAAUGUUUAAUGUUUUGCUUUGGUUGUGUUACAUUACUUAUACUCUAUUCUAUAAUUAUUAUUGUAUUUGAGAUUUAUUUUGUAUAAUAAUGUAAUAAAUUGCUAAAAUUGA